CUUUGGUAGCAUCUUUCUCUUUCUUUGCGCUUAUAAUAUCCUUGAGCUCUUUUUUAUCAGUAACUGCUUCUGUUAAGAUGUUCCGUUCUGCGGGUGGCUGUCGUUGGCCACCGGUAUCGUCAGCUUCCAUGGUAUAUCUAAGUCUCUUCCUCGUGCAUUCAACUCAGCUGAACUCAGCCAUGACUUGAUCAAGCAUGAAAAGAGCCGUCACAUGCCUACGUCAUCUUUCACUGCUCUCACAGGUUGCGCGUCCUCAAUUCACUCGCGCAAACCAGUUGACUGACGGACUCCCCAUAACUCUUUACGCAACAGCUCUUAGAACGAUGGCGAAGGAAGACGUUAAAACAACAGCUCCAGCAAAAGAUCCCGAACUAUCCGAAAAGGAUCAAGCAAACGAAACCAAAGCUGCUAAGAAUAAAAACGACAAGAAGGACAAGCCAGAGGAUGAAUUGUCCGAAGAAGAUUUACAGUUGAAAAGUGAACUGGAGAUGCUUGUGGAAAGACUCAAGGAGGACAACACAGAUCUUCACCGACCUGCAUUGGACAGCUUAUGUACUCUUAUCCGGACAUCAACAAGUUCCAUGACCUCUGUACCAAAGCCCCUCAAAUUCUUGAGACCUCAUUAUCACGCAUUAGAAGAAGUCCACGAAUCCUGGCCUGAGUCAGAUAACAAGCAUUUUUUGGCAGAUAUUCUAUCCGUACUUGCAAUGACUUAUUCAGAUGAAGGAAAGAACGAGUCCUUGAAAUACAGAUUGAUAGGCACAAACGAGGAAGCUGGCUUAUGGGGUCACGAAUACGUUCGACAUUUGUCAACUGAAAUUGGACAAGUUUAUGCUCAACGUAUUGAACAAGAGCAAUCUACCGAUGACCUCUUGAAGCUGGCCCUUGAAAUUGUACCAUUCUUCUUGAAACAUAAUGCUGAGGCAGAUGCUGUUGAUUUGCUUUUGGAACUAGAAGCCAUUGACCAACUCCCACAAUUCAUUGACAAGGACACAUACGCUCGAGUAUGCUUAUACAUGGUCAGCUGUGUCCCUCUACUUGUUCCUCCGGAUGAUUCUGCCUUCUUGAGAACUGCCCAUACCAUAUAUAGAAAAUUGGACAAGUUCCCUGAAGCUCUCACGCUAGCUAUCAAGCUAGGUGACCGGGAAAUGAUUGAUGACGACUUUGAAUCAUGCACAGAUCCACUGUUGAAGAAGCAACUUGCGUUCUUAUUGGCAAGACAGCAGAUAUAUAUCGAAGUUGAAGAUGCUGGACUUGCUGAUUGUUUGAACAACACACAUCUUUCAGAACACUUUAUUUCACUCGCCCGUGAGCUAGAUGUUUUGGAACCCAAAACGCCAGAAGAUAUCUAUAAAAGUCACUUGGAAAAUAUCAGAACAGGAUAUUCAAGCGGCAGUGUAGAUUCUGCUCGCCAAAAUCUUGCAUCCACAUUUGUCAACGCUUUUGUCAACGGAGGAUUUGGUAAAGACAAACUUAUGACCACAGAGGAUGACAGUAACUCAAACGCUUCCUGGAUUUACAAGAACAAGGAUCAUGGAAUGUUGAGCGCGACUGCUUCACUUGGCUUGAUUCACCUUUGGGAUGUUGAGAACGGUUUGACUGCUGUAGAUAAAUAUUUGUACUCCAACGAAGAUAAUAUCAAAGCCGGUGCACUACUCGCCAUCGGAAUGUUGAACUCCGGAGUGCGCGGCGAUGGAGACUACGCUUACGCACUGCUCAAGGACUCCGUCGAUGAAGGCAACGACACAUGCCGCAUCGCUUCCAUCUUUGGUAUUGGUUUGGCUAAUGCCGGCUCCGCUCGUGAAGACCUCGCCGAACACUUGCUACCCAUUGUCAGUGAUACCUCCUUGUCCAUGGAUCUCUCCGCUAUUGCAGCACUUGCUCUUGGUUUGAUCUUCGUUGGCUCAUACGAAAAUGAUGUUCCAAGCACCAUCAUCCAAACUAUGAUGGAACGUGAAGACUCACAACUGAAUGAUCCUUGGUCGAGAUACCUCAGUCUUGGCCUUGCAUUGCUUUAUCUUGGCAAGCAAGACGCAGCAGAUGCAACAGUUGAGACCGUGAAGACUAUUGAACAUCCUAUCGGCAAGCAAACUGAAGUAUUGCUUGAAGUGUUGGCAUAUGCUGGUACUGGCAAUGUUCUCAAGGUUCAAACCAUGCUUCAUCACUGCAAUGACCACCUCAAUAAGGAAAAAGAUGAUGAUUUGCACCAAGCAUAUGCCGUUCUUGGUGUCGCAUUGAUCGCAAUGGGAGACGACAUAGGUACUGAGAUGUCCUUGCGAACGUUCAAUCAUCUGAUGCACUAUGGAGAACCCGUCAUUCGCCGAGCGGUACCUCUUGCCCUCGGUCUUAUGUGCACAUCUAACCCACUACUCCCUGUUCUUGAUACUUUGAGUAAAUAUUCACACGACAACGACUCUGAUGUUGCCAUCAGCGCUAUAUUCGCAAUGGGUCUUGUCGGUGCUGGUACCAAUAAUGCACGACUGGCACAAAUGCUCCGACAAUUGGCCUCCUACUAUCACAAAGAACCAAACAGUUUGUUUUUGGUCAGAAUUGCUCAAGGCUUGCUACACAUGGGCAAGGGAACAAUGACGAUCAACCCAUAUCAUACCGACCGACAGCUCAUGUCACCGGCUGCUGUUGCUGGUCUCUUGACGAGUAUCAUCGCAUUUACGGAUGCAAAGACAUUUAUUCUGGGCAAGAAUCACUGGUUGUUGUAUUCUAUUGCCACCGCCAUGUAUCCUCGAUUCUUGAUCACAUUGGACGAAAAUCUCGAACCUGUUGCUGCAACAGUUCGCGUUGGACAGGCGGUCGACGUAGUUGGACAAGCUGGUCGUCCAAAAACUAUCACUGGUUUCCAGACGCAUUCAACACCAGUUUUGCUUGCUCACUCAGAGCGUGCUGAACUUGCCACAGAGAAAUAUAUCUCACUGGCUCAUGUUCUGGAAGGCUUUGUCAUUCUCAAGCGAAACCCAGACUACAUGGAGGAGGAUGAGUGAUUCCAUUAGCUUAGCAUUUUUUUUUUUGUAGAACAACUUUUUUCUCCCAUAAAAAUCAAAACGUGACAGGCCAAAUCUAUUAAAGUGCGAGAACAUCCCCGCUAUUCUUCUUUUUCAUCUACUCUCAUCAUGUUUGGCCGUAAGAAAAAGUCCACAAAUCCCUUUGAAG